AUCCACAGGUGAGGAAUUCGAAAUCCAAGCGAGGCCCCGAACUCGCUCAGAUUCUCGGUUUCUCCACCGACUCGAUCUUCGUAAAAGACGAGAUUUUUAUUUCACACAGAACAGAACCCAUCAUAAAGGUUUCAACUUUCUCCAUCCCCAUGUCGGAACCAACGAAAGAAACAUCUCUCCCCAAGGAGAGAAGCAGCCCCCAACCACAAGCUCUGAUCCUGGGCCGCUACGAAAUGGGGAAGCUCCUGGGCCACGGGACCUUCGCCAAGGUCUACCUCGCGCGGAACGUGAAAACAGGGGAGAGCGUCGCCAUCAAAGUCAUCGACAAGGAGAAGAUCCUCAAAGGCGGUUUAAUCGCCCACAUCAAACGCGAGAUCUCCAUCCUCCGCCGCGUCCGCCACCCGAACAUCGUCCAGCUCUUCGAGGUCAUGGCCACCAAGUCCAAGAUCUACUUCGUCAUGGAGUACGUCAGGGGAGGCGAGCUCUUCAACAAGGUCGCUAAAGGGCGGCUCAAGGAGGAGGUCGCCCGACGGUACUUCCAGCAGCUAAUCUCCGCCGUCACGUUCUGCCACGCCCGCGGCGUCUACCACCGCGACAUCAAGCCCGAGAACCUCCUCCUCGACGAGAACGGGAACCUCAAAGUCUCCGACUUUGGUCUCUCCGCGGUGUCGGACCAGAUCCGGCAAGACGGGCUUUUCCACACCUUCUGCGGAACCCCUGCUUACGUGGCGCCAGAGGUUUUGGCUAGGAAAGGUUACGACGCUGCUAAGGUUGAUAUCUGGUCUUGCGGUGUUGUCUUGUUCGUGUUGAUGGCUGGUUACCUCCCGUUUCAUGAUCGUAACGUGAUGGCCAUGUAUAAGAAGAUAUACAGAGGUGAGUUUAGGUGUCCCAGGUGGUUCUCUCCCGAGCUCACGAGGCUUUGUUCUCGUCUUCUCGAGACGAACCCGGAGAAACGGUUUACGUUCCCUGAGAUUAUGGAGAACUCUUGGUUCAAGAAAGGGUUUAAGCAUGUUAAGUUCUACGUGGAAGAUGACAAGCUUUGCAACGUUGUUGAUGAUGAUGAUAUUGAUGAUGGGUUGGAGACUGGCUCCGUGGAGUCUGAUCGGUCUUCCACCGUCUCUGAAUCGGAUGUUGAGUAUUUCAAGCCCGCGAGGAGGGUUGGAGCCUUGCCUAGGCCUGCGAGUUUGAAUGCUUUUGAUAUCAUAUCGUUCUCGCAAGGGUUUGAUUUGUCUGGUCUGUUUGAUGAUGAUGGUGAAGGGUCUAGGUUUGUCUCGGGAGCUCCGGUUUCGAAGAUUAUAUCGAAGCUGGAGGAGAUUGCGAAAGUUGUGAGCUUUACGGUGAGGAAGAAGGAUUGUAGGGUGAGUCUUGAAGGUUCGAGACAAGGAGUGAAAGGUCCUUUGACUAUCGCUGCUGAGAUAUUCGAGUUGACGCCGUCUUUGGUUGUUGUGGAAGUUAAGAAGAAAGGAGGAGAUAAGACUGAGUAUGAAGAGUUUUGUAACAAGGAGUUGAAACCGAAGUUGCAGAACUUGACGGCUGAUGAUGAUGAGCCUGUGGCGGCGGCUUCAGCCGUUGAUGAAACCGCGUCUGCAAUCGCGGCGAAUUCUCCGCCGGUUUGUUUCUUGCCUUCUGACACAGAGUAGAAGAUGAGAUCAUGAGGGUUUUUGUUAACUGUACUGAUGAUGGGAAAAAAGCUGCUUAGGGUUGGUGAAAUGUAGAGCCAAAGUACGUGACGUUAUGUGUUAUGUUGUUUUACAGUUGGAGAGAUCGUUAGAGAAAUGAGAUACAAGACUUUGAGUUAUGUUUUUUUACUAACCUUUUAGCAGUUUUUUUUUGUGUUCUUGUGUUGUGUGUGUUGGAGAGUUUGUAAACAGUUUCGUAUCAGAUCUCUUAAUAUGUAUAAAACAAAUCAAAUAAAGGAACUUGUUUUCUUCUU